GAUGUCUAGCGAACAAAAACAGUAGGCCUAAAAGUAUCUUUACAAAUGUUUUAAUGCUUUGAGGCCUCAAUCUGCACUUUCAUUUCUAAUUGGCCAAUUCUCCAACACGAAGUACCACGCGUCGGCCCUUCAGUCCUCGUCUCACAUCUGCGAAUGAUCUUGACUGUGGAAGCAAGCUUAAACGUUUUCGUGGCCAUCUCCAUUUCUCUACCAUUGGACCCACUUGACAUCGGGGGCGUCGACUCCGAGGCCUCUCUCUCUGAGGUCUGUCAUGACGGGGCCUCAGACUUUGUGGCCCUCCACGUCGACCCAGAUGCUGGUCGUUGCGUUGAGCAAGCAGCGCCACUUGCGCACGGGUCCUAACCAUUGUGCUCCAGUAGGAAUGUGGUUCUCCGUAUUGAAAGGUCUUACCUGCCUUAGAAUCUUUGACAAAUUAUUGGCAGGCUUUUGACCUCAAGGAGGUCAUGUCAUUUCAAUUAUGACAUCAUAGGCUCCCAUCCCAUUUUUAUUAUGACAUCACAGGCUCCCAUCCCACUUUCAUUAGCGGGUGUGUUCAAUCUGGAGUGCCAGAGUGUGCUCUGGGUGUUCGUAAAUUGAGUGUUCUAGCCGAGGAGUAGGGUUGAUCGAGCGUUCUGACCUCACAACGGCAGUCACGCACCCAAGCUAACGUUGGCUAGUUUGCUCUACUUCCAGACACAAAUGAGAGAAUCUCAUUCUGACCAUUUUACUCGCCCUAGCAGAGUUGGUUAGGGUUUUAUGUUGUCCAGUGCGUUGGUGACUAACUGCUGUUGACAAUUUAAUUGUUUUUUUGCCGACGUUUACUGACACCGGCUAUAUUCAACGGGGUUUAAGUGUUUGUAAAUUAAUCAGUUAUUCUGCGCUCUGGCACACAGACGAGAGUGCUCUGAAAUCGGAGUAGAUAGCCAGAGUGAAUUUGCUAGACACUGACAUAUCUAGCAGGGUGUUAUACUGUUUAUGUUAGGGCUACUGUGCAUUUGAGAGACACUAACAUGUUCUGCCUCCAAUAAGUUAUUUGACCAUAUCUAUAGUCUUUAUAUCUACUUUAGGCCUACUUGACAAACAACAAACUUAGACUUAUUCAUUUCAUUUUCUUUGACAUCACAUUCACUUCACCCAGUUUAUAAAUUGGCGUAUUCUUCCUGUAGGAGGCGCCUUCGAUGAAAACCAAGAAUAAAUUCGUGAUUUUAUGGGGAGUUUCACACUGUCCUGGGGUUUGCUGUCGCAGUUGCUGCUAUUUCAUUUCAUAUUGACAAGGAUUUAUCCCCCAACAUGAAGCAUAUAUUCUUAUUAAUUAGCAUCUGUUUGUUCGUUGGUUGUGCUUCGGAUGUUAUAAGAGCAAGAAAAGUGUCUGCAGUGUUCUGUUCUUUCAAAGAGAAAACAUACAGUCCUGGAGACAGCUGGCAUCCUUAUCUGGAACCCUUUGGUUUCAUGUUUUGUAUGCGGUGUUCCUGCACUGAGACAGGCCAUGUGAAAUGUAACACAAUUAAGUGUCCUACUCUGCGGUGUGACAACCCAGUGACUGACUCUCAGCAGUGCUGCCCUCGCUGUACAGAUGAGCCUAGGAUUCCAGCAGGCUUGAGAGCCCCAGUGAAGUCCUGCAGGUAUAAUGGAACGUUCUACCAACCAGGGGAGACCUUUGCCAACCAUGACCUCUUCCCAUCUCGACAAACCAACCAGUGUGUCAUGUGCACAUGUUCAAAUGGAAAUAUUUUCUGUGCUCUGAAAACUUGCCAGCCGCUGACCUGCACCUCACCAGUCUCAUUCCCAGAUACCUGCUGUCUGGUGUGCAAAGAUGGUGGCAUUAAUGGGUACUCAUCAGUGGAGGAUGUAGGCCAACAGCUGAACCGAGGCGUUAGGCAUUCAGUGGACCAGUGUGCUGGAGAGCAGUUCCGAGGGCGGUCUGUCCGCUCUACUCCAUCCACAGUCAGGGGUACUCCCAGAGGCCUGAGCCUGCCCAAGCUCCACUUCAAAGGUGCUGCAGAGACCACUGUGAAUUUCCUGCUGCAGAAAAAGCACCAGAAGGCAUGUCAGUACAGCGGCAACACCUACUCUCAUGGUGAUGUGUGGCACCCAGUCCUGGGGAAGGUCCUGGAGUGCAUUUUGUGCACCUGUAAGGAUGGCAUACAGGACUGCAAACGCCUCUCAUGUCCCAGCCAGUAUCCAUGCCAACAUCCCGUUAAAACCGUGGGGAAAUGCUGCAAGAUUUGUCCAGAACAUAAUGCUGAGAGCAACAGGACUGACUGUUACAUGAAUCUUGGACAUGACAAUAACAACCUCUUGGUGUACAAAGUUAAGCCAUCGUCAAAGGUUCACACAGAGGACACAGUUAGGAUAAUUGCUAUUGAAAGACAAGGGACUGCUGAAGUUGAAGUGCAAGUAUGGAAGACAGUAGGAGAAGUUUUACAAUUAAUGGAAACUGGGGAAGUUCUGAAGAAAGAUCUUCUAGAUAAUCCAGAUAACUACACUUUACUGGCGACAUUGGAUGAAGAGACUUGGAAAAGAUUCAAGGAGGAAGAAGACAACCAGAAGGAAUUUCCCAAGACCAGGACUUGUGAGGAUGGUAUCAGGGAGGUAGUGAAGUUCUUGUAUCCAGACCAGCUAGAAAGCCUGUGCUCUUCUUAACUCUCAUCCCCUGACUUUGACAUCAAUGGAAAAUGCACAGCAUUCAUAUGCAUGUCAUUAAACAUGAAACAUAGCACUGCUUAUUGGUUAUAGAAUAACAAGCUUUUGUUUAUUUUUUAAAUGUCAUCAUAACUCAUUACAAUGUGAUGUUCCAUAUUCUCAGUAACAAUUAGUCAGCAGAAUUGUCAACAUUGUUGGUAGCAUUUGGUAAUAGAAGAAACCAAAAUGGAAAAAAUACUUUCAAUGAAUUACAGUUGUAUCUAAUUUUUGUUUUCUGGCAUACUGGAAUACAGUAAAAACAGUAUUAUCUAAAAAUAAAAUACAGGUGUACAUGUAUAUAAUAGAAAAAUACACUGGGCAAAUUAGACAGCCAUCUGGCAAUAACACCUUUAUAGAGUAGACCAUAUUUACAAUCACUUUACUGUUCUGCUAAAUACUGCUGUUUGAAAUUGUCUGCCUUUUCAGAAUGUCCCAAGAAAUAUUCAUUAACAUAUUUAUUGUAAAUACAAAUAUGCUAACAAAUGUCAUUUUGAGGCAGAGCGUACAACAUUGGUUUGUUUGACAUGUUUGUUUGUACAUUCUGUAGACAUUUGAGUGCGUACUGGAAGGUCCUUGCCUGAGACGCCAUGGCUUUAGUUCAUUGGGCUAUACUGCCCUACCAAGCAAAAAGGCAGUAACUGCUCAUUUGGUUGAAAAUUAGUUCAUGUCAUUUUUCUACAUUAAAUACAAGCUUAAACAUGUGGACAAGUAUCCUGCCUCUAUUAUAUUGUGUUUUGGAGAAAAUGGGGGUCAUGUUAGCAGUUACUGCAUAAAGUUACUGUGAAACCAAGAUGAAUAAAAAACAUUUUUCUCAGUUCCACGCUAUGAGCAGUGACUGCCUUUUUGCUGGUAGGGCAGUGUACAUAUAGGGCUUUCCUCAGAAAAUGUGGGUUUGAUAUCUGGGCAUCGGUAUUGCCCUGCAACAGCAGUUGUAUCUAUUCUUUCAUAAGAGUGGCUACAUUGGUUUGCUGGAACUACUUUCUAUUAUGUUCUCUGGGGUGUUUAUCAUUAUGUUUGGCCAGUUUUCUACAGACUAAGUUUCCAUAGGAUUAUGUGUGAUUUCAGUACUUGAUGCAUCUUUCUUCCCUUUGCACAGUGGCAAGGCAUUCUUGCACGUGAUUGACAAGGCUAAAAGUUGGAGCCAACCAAAAAUAUGAUAUAGUUGAGCUCUACCUGAGGCAAGAAUUCCUGCACAAAUCAGGCUGUUGUUAUUCCUUGGACUACCCUCCAGUGAACCCAGUCGGACCAGGGGAAUUUCUCCUUUAUGAAUUGUGCCUGUAAUUUGGAUUUGUGCUCCAGUGCUAUAGUUUGUUUUCUCAAGGGUUGUAAUGGCCUAACAGGAUGAGCACAACAAUAGAGCUCUGUUAAUUUGAUAUAAAUGUAGGUCAUGAGUUGGAAGGACACCAACAUUUUCCAAUACAGAGAACUGAAGAAGAAGAGAGGGUUCAGGGAGGAAUAAUAUUGAAAAAUAAGAAUACUGUUGAUGGAGGACCCAGUCUUUAAAAAAAAGGUAUAGAGCAUGGUUUGCCAAACUCAGUGUUGCCCCUCAGGUACACAUUUCGGUCUUUGCCCUAGCGCUACACAGUUGAUUUAAAUAACAAACUCAUCAUCAAGCUUUGAUGAUUUGAAUCAGCUGUGUAGUGCUAGGGCAAAAAACUAAACGUACACCCAGGGGGGGCCCAAGGACCAGGUUUGGAACACACUGGGAUAGAGCACAACAGUAACAUGCUUGUCAAAUAGUUAGACACAAUUAGAUGAUUUGCCGUAUGUAUAAUACACCAAACCCAAGAAAAAUAAAUCC